AUGACUCGACUACACCAAUCUAUCCUUUCUGCACUCUCUCUAUUGCCCUCUUCGCAGGGCUCCUAUAUUCCUGAAAAGUCCUGCAAGGCAUACCCAGGAUCUCACGACUGGCCUUCUCACCAGACAUGGUCCCGUCUCAAUGAGUCCCUUGCCGGCAGGCUCCUUGCGCCUCCUCCUCCUGGAGCUGUCUGUCAUCCAGGCUGGCCAACUUAUGACCGCGAUACUUGUCCGCAGGUUCAGAAGAACUGGAGUGUCUAUGAGUUCCACGCUGAUAAUCCCAUCUCGGUCAUGUGGGAUCACUAUACCAACUGGACAUGCCUUCCAAACGAGACAUAUCCGUGUAGCACCAGUGGCUAUCCUGCAUAUGUUGUCAAUGCAACCAAGCCAGAGCAUGUGAAGCUGGGCAUUGACUUUGCCAGAAAGCACGAUAUUAGGGUCGCCGUCAAAAAUACCGGCCACGACUACCUCGGCCGCUCCAUCGCCCCAGGCUCCCUCUCAAUCUGGACCCAUCACAUGAACGAAAUCGUCUACCAUCAAGGGAAGUUCAAGCUCGACAACACAGACAUCACCAUCCCUGGAGAUGCCGUCACUAUCGGUGCUGGAGCCCAAAUGUACGACGUCUACUCGGCCACGGACAAGUUCAACCACACCAUCGUCGGCGGAGGAGCCAAAUCUGUAGGUGCUGGUGGUUACAUCACUGGCGGUGGACACUCUUUGUUAUCUGCUAGGUUUGGUCUUGCGGCGGAUCAGGUCCUGCAGAUGACCUUGGUCACUCCUGGUGGCAAGAUUCUGACUGUCAAUGAGCGAAAUCAUCCUGAUCUCUUCUGGGCCAUGCGAGGAGGCGGCGGCUCAACCUUUGGCGUACUCACUUCCCUCACUCUCAAGACGCACAAAACGCCCAAGAUCACGACUUCAUCGCUGAUGCUUUUCACCGAUGCCAAGUCCAAGUUCGUCUACGACGUCAUCGCGUACGGCUUGUCUCUGUUCCCCUCCCUUGGAGACGCAGGCCUUUCAGGAUACACCCUGAUUUCCCCAGGUAUCGAAAACCCGGUGCCCAUUCCUGGUGCACCAAAGGAAGUGGCUGGUAUCUUGGGCCAGUUUAUCGUCCAAGACGUUGAAGAUCCCGAGUAUACGGAAAAGAUCUGGAAGCCCAUCAACGAGACCAUCCAGAAGCGUUGGUCCGGUGCCGUUCAGCUGCUGGUCGGGAAGGAGGAGUAUCCUUCAUUCUUGAAGUGGUUUGACGUUCACUACGAUCAGGAUACAGCAGGAAACAGCUCUUAUCUGGUUUCUAGGCUGUUGAGCAAGGAGGCUUUGGAUGGAGACCAAGAUGCUCUGAAGGGAGCUCUUAAGUCUGCUAUGGGGCCAUCGGGGGGAAUGGGAGCCUUCCUGGUUGCUGGAAAGGGUGUGCGUGAUGCUAAGCCAAGGGGAGGAAGCGACGCGGUGAAUCCCGGCUGGAGAAAGUCUUACGUGCAUGCCCUCUCUGGAAAAGGAUUCCCGGCUUUCAAUUACACGGCCAAGGCUCAAGCAGUUGAAGAACUCAUCGAGACGUGGGAGCCCAUGCGAAAGCUGUCUCCUGACACGGGAGCGUACAUUAAUGAGGCGCUCAAAUAUGAGCCAAAUUGGCAAAAGACGUUCUGGGGGGGCAACUACAAGAAACUGCUAUCCAUCAAGAAGUCUGUGGACCCCAAGGACGUGCUCUGGUGUGUGCCCUGUGUGGGCAAUGAAGGAUGGGAGGAACACCAAGAUGGUCGUCUCUGCAGAGUUUAA